GCGAGCGGUAGUCGGGCAGCAACCGGAGCAGGCAGGAGAGCCGUUACAGUGCAGGGAGCGACCGCACAGCGCUGGGCGUUGAUACAAGCGUCAGUCCACGCUGCACAGUCAAGAUGAGGCCUCUGCUGAUGGCGGUAGUCGGGGUGCUGCUGUCGCAUGGCGGCGCUCUCGCCCGACCGCAGAAUGAGGACGACGCGUUCCUCGGCUCCCUGCUCGGCGACACCAGCGCCAGUCCCGCGGACGACGACAAGUUCAUCGCCGACCUGCUUGGCAACUCCCAGCUACCUGAGGAGGUGGUGCGCUGCGAGCGCGGCCAGCACGUCUGCACGCCCUACUUCCGCUGCGACGAGGAGAACAUCCUCAGCGAUGGACUCGGCGAGUUCGACGUGCGCAUCGGCAAGCAACAGUUCGAGGAAGACUUUGAAUUUAUCACGCACUCGGAGUGCCCGCGCUUCGGCGAUGUCUGCUGCACACGGCCGACGGAUGACCCCCAAAUCUCUGAGCCUUAUGUGCCGCAGUGCGGCCGCCGCAACCAGCUCGGCGUCGGUGCACGCAUCGUCGGCUUCAAAGACAACGAGACGCAGUUUGGCGAGAUUCCCUGGAUGGCGGCCGUGCUGCGCGUGGAGGAGGUGGGCGGUGAGGAGCGCAACUUCUUCGAGUGCGGCGGCUCGCUGAUUCACCCGCAGGUGGUGAUGACCGCCGCUCACUGUGUGCACAGCCUGAACGCGACAGCACGCCUGCGCGUGCGCCUCGGCGAGUGGGACACGCAGCAGGAGAGCGAGCGCUUCCGACACGUGGACGUGGACGUGGCACGUUUCGUGGCGCACGAGGAUUUCCAGCGGCGGCGCCUCAGUGACGACGUGGCGCUGCUCUUUCUUGAGGAGCCCGUCGAGCUGCAGGAGCAUAUCGACACGCUGUGCCUGCCCGACCCGGAUGUCGUAUAUGACCAGGCCGAGUGCAUCGCCACCGGUUGGGGCAAGGAUGCCUUCGUGGCCGGCCAGUUCCAGACCAUACUGAAGGGGAUCGAGCUGCCGCUCGUGCCGCACGCCCCCUGCCAAGCUGCGCUGCGUAAGACCCGGCUGAGAAAGUACUUCGCGCUGGACCGCUCGUUCACGUGCGCCGGCGGUGUGGGCGGCCAGGACACGUGUACCGGUGACGGCGGCUCGCCGUUGGCCUGUCGUGAUCCUCUUGACCCCAGCCGCUACAUCCAGCUGGGCGUCGUGUCGUGGGGCAUCGGCUGUGGCCUGGAAGGCGUGCCGGGCGUAUACGCCGAUGUCGCACAGCAGGUGCCCUGGAUCCGUGAGCAGGCGGCUUUGGCCGGCCUGACCCUGUAGGACGUCAGGAGCCGGCCUCAGGAGCCGGCCUCAGGAGCCGGCCGGACACGCGCCCCGCAGAGGCGGGGGGCGAGCGUGGUUGGGACUCGCUGUGAUAUGGGAGCCGAAGUCGGCUUUGCAGGCUGCCGGGAGCCAACGGCAGGGCAAGUGUAGAAGGAAGCGCGAUGCGAUGCUGUGCCUUGACGAGCGUUCCACGUUUUUAUUGACCGUUCUCUAGGUUCGACUGAGGAUUCACUCGCGCGGAUCCCAGGGCGCAUACAUAUCACGUACUGGGCGAAGUGUAUUGGCGAAUAAAUGCUCGAGAACAAUACUA